UCGUGACGAAAGCUGCUCAAGGGUACCCACCUUCCAUGCAAAUAUCAACCCGGAAGCUCUCGGGGGCAAAUUCGCCAUACUUAUUCACCUAUAAAUAGUCUUAAUCAUUUUGACAAGUCACACAAAACCCGCGCCCUUCUAAAGAAAUCUAAAUGAUCGCAAUUCAAUUUCAGAGUUGAAAAUUCUUCAACUGUUAAAAAAAAAUUGAUAGAAAUUUUCGAUUUUGCGUUUAUAUUUAAUCAUUAAGUUACCUACCUAUAUUCAAUUUUGGGGCUCGAAAUUCUUCAAAUACCUAAGCUCGAAGACAAUUUGACGGAAAUUAAUGAAUUCUAUUCUAAUCGAAAGUCGAAUCCUGAUAAAUCACGCUAGGGCUAACAAGGGACCGUCUUGAGGUGUCACACUCCGAUUUGAACGGGGCCGCGAUUUUUGGAAAGAGCAUAGUCUAAAACCCCCAAAACCAAAUUUUCAGUUGCCCAAAAUUAUUUUUCGAUUUUUGGCGAAGUUUUGAAAAUUCAAAAUUGACUGUUUUUGGCGAUUUAUGCAUUUUUUAAAAAAAAGUACGCCCCACGUACGCAGAAAAAACCAAAAAAUUUGAUGCGCAUGAAAAAAUUUCAAAAAAAAAUUUUACGAUCAAUUUUUUUUGUUUUUUUGCGUAUGUGGGGCUUCUGUUGUUUCAUCUGUCAUGUCAUACCCGUUUUGCUAAGCGCCUUGAACAGCAUGUUGCAGCUAAAUACAAUCAAAUUACAGCUUUUUUCAUCUACUUUCCAAAUAUACAAUAUACAUAUAAUCUCAGUCACGUUUUUAAAAUUUCGUUUUUGUAUUACAAGCGUUUAAAGUAGGGUCAGAACUUAUGGCAGGAGUGUGUACAUUUACAUUGGUUAUGACCUUUUUCAACCUUUGGAUAUCUACUGUAAGUAUGCUGAUUGCCAGAUAUUUUCAUGCGUACAAGUGGGUAGGUACUAGGUAGCUAUAGGUACCUAUGAUACUUUGUGACAUUGAAAAAUUAUCAUAAGUACCUAUACCAUUUGCAUUACAACAGUUUUUAUCGAGUAGCGCUGCUAUUUAAACAGCGUAAAUAGCGUUGGAGGGGAGAGGAUAAUGUAAUUUGGCGAUACUACAGGGUGCCCAGAAAUAUCGAGCACCCCUAAAAAAGUUUUUCAUUAAAAAUAUAGGUUGGCAAUGUGAAAUAGAUGCAUAUGAUUGGUGGAAUGUUAUCUCUCCAGUCCAACAACCAAUCAUGUGCUAUCAUUAUUAUCAUUCACUGUGACCAACCAAAGUAUUUAGUAGAAAACUUUUUUAAGGGUGCUCGAUAUUUCUGGGCACCCUGUACAUAUUAUGCAAGCCAAGUGAACUGCCUCGAAAAAAAUUGAAACAGUCUUUGUUUAGUCUUCUGUUCUCUGCGUCUAUUUUUCAUUUAUUAAGUGGUACUUACUACUUACUUAGACUACGUGUUUUUUCAAACAUGGUGAAAAUGAUUUGUUUUAGUAAUGGUAUUACGCGUGUUUUCGUCUGUUUAUUUUUAUUAUAUCUUGAUCCAAACUCCACAGUCUUGUGUGAUGCAGCAAACGAGCUAAAAAGUACACUGGCACCAAAAAUUUGUAAGGUGCCCAUGCUAUCAUCACCCCAUAUGAAUAACACUUACAAAUGUAUCAAAAACAUCGAGGAUGAAUCAAAAUCUUGUGUUUCUAACGGUACAGUUUUCGAAUUGACGGUGAUUAAAAUCAAUUGCGAUCCUGGUUAUUCUGUAAAUGGCAAAGAUGAAUUGGUAUCAGUUUGCUACGAUAACGAAUGGGUUCCUCCCAUAAAAGAAUGCAUUAUUAGCCACCCUCCCGUAGAUUGCGGUAGAUUGCCAAAAAACGAACGUGAUUCGCAAACCUCGGGUAUGCCAUGGGAUGUCACCGUUCUCCGAUCAGAUAAGCAAACUAAGAUGGUAUGCUUGGGCACUAUCAUAACUUCCAGAGUAAUUCUAACCUCUGAACACUGCUUGCUCGCCAGCGUUUUUGAUCAGUAUGACCACAAAUCUAUGAGCCGCCGAAAUCCCUUGGAUCCCGCAAUGUUCGAAGUAGUGCAUGUGAAUGAUCUAGUUUAUCAAAUUAAUUCAACAUGGUGGAGCCGUGUGAAGUAUUUUACAUCCGAAUUUGUGAACAUUUUUAAAAAAACCAAAUUUUCUACACCACUGAAGAUUGAAGAAUUUCGUUACUUCAAGCACGGAAAUCAAGACGAAUCCCUCUAUCAUGACCCAUUAAUAGUAAUUAUGGAAAAAGAAAUCAAGUUUGACUCGCACGUUUACCCAGCUUGUGUUCAAUGGGAAACCCCCAAAAGACUAAACAUUACUACUGGAAUAGCAAAGUACUGCUUGCUCAUCAGCGUUUUUGGUCAGUAUGACUACAAAUCUAUGAGCCGCCGAAAUCCCUUGGAUCCCGAAAUGUUCGAAGUUACGCUCGCGAAUGAUAUAGGUUAUUUCACUAGGCCAACAUGGUGGACCCGUAUGAAGUAUUAUGCAUCCUUAUUCGUGGACCCAACACCCAAACGUUUAACACCACUAAUGAUUGAAGAAUUUCGUUAUUUCAAGCACGGAAAUCAAGACGAAUCCCUCUUUCAUGAUGUAUUAAUAGUAAUUAUGGAAAAAGAAAUCAAGUUCGACUCGCACGUUUACCCAGCUUGUGUUCAAUGGAGAAACCCCGAAAGACUAAACAAUACUACUGGAAUAGCAAAGGUAGAACAAUUCAGUACAGCUGCACACCAAUUCGGAUUCCGUAACAAAGAUUACUCUUUCAUGAGCCACGACGCAUGCCAAGAAAACCCAACAUAUCCUUACUUCGUGUUCAACUGGGCAGGUCUCCUGCGUAGUACUGACGAUGCGCCAAACACAGACCGCCAUGAUAUUAAAUUAUUUAUGAAACCUAAGCCUACUGCCCUACACGAAGGAAAAUUGUUUUGUCUAGAGGUGAAGCAGAACGAAUCGAUCACUUCUCAGACUUUAGUCGGCAGCGGUGUUAUGAUCAAAACAGAUCGUCGCUACUUUAUUCGAGGAAUUGCAGGACCAAGACUCUUGAGAUACCAAUCAAACGACGAUGCUGCUUUCAAAGAUUUCAUGAAUACAAUUCGUAACGUCGCAAACAUUUCGUUUCAACACUUUUCAAAAAAUAUUUCUGAUGCUAACGGGUCAUUUGAUCCUGAAUUUGUUCAGGAAGCAGUCUUCGUAUUUAAUUAUAACUUUGCGAGUAUUCUGCGGAAUCAUCUUAAACCAGUUGGAGAGUUGUUGACGAAUCAUCCAGAAAAGUUGCUCGGUGUUACAGAUGUGGCUGACUAUGUAGAUUGGAUCAAACAUGUUGUAGCUGAAGUCGACCCAUAUUACAUACUAGGAUUAUAAUUAUAUGUAGGUAUACCUAUACUAGCACAUAGAGAGCGAAUGUUUUUUAAAACUUGUUUAAACUUUUUACAAAACGAAACUUUCUUUAUUUC